CUUCUUCCAUUCCGGAGGAAAACCCUAGCCCUAUAACCCUAUCGGCGGCCCGGCUGCAGGAAGAAGAAAUAUGGUAUCGGGAUCUGCAAUCAGCAAGAGGCGAAUUGUGGUGGACGCUCGCCACCACAUGCUCGGCCGCCUGGCUUCCAUCGUUGCGAAAGAGCUCCUCAACGGCCAGCAUGUCGUCGUUGUUCGCUGCGAGGAGAUUUGUUUGUCUGGAGGCCUUGUUCGUCAAAAGAUGAAGUAUCUCCGCUUCCUUCGCAAGCGCAUGAAUACCAAGCCGUCACACGGGCCGAUUCACUUUCGUGCCCCCGCUAAAAUCCUCUGGCGCACCAUUCGCGGGAUGAUUCCGCAUAAGACAAAGAGGGGCGCUGCGGCUCUGGCGAGGCUUAAAGCCUACGAGGGCGUCCCGCCUCCUUAUGACAGGAAGAAGCGCAUGGUGAUUCCAGAUGCGCUCAAGGUUUUGAGGCUCCAGCCAGGUCACAAGUACUGCCUUUUGGGCAGACUGUCCACUGAGGUUGGAUGGGGCUACUACGACACGGUCAAGGAAUUAGAGGAGAAGAGGAAGCAGCGUGCCAAGUUUGCCUAUGAGAGGAAGAAACAAUUGACAAAGCUACGCUCCAAGGCUGAGAAGACUGCAGAAGAUAAACUUGGUUCUGAAAUUCAAAUCCUUGCGCCAAUCAAGUACUGAAAUGUGUUCUAUCUUUUUCUAUUCGGUGCCACCUUUGCUUGUUAUUUUAAUUAGAUUUUUUUUUAUUAUUCGAAGUUUUAUUCACCUAACUUUUAUGGAAUGUUAAAUUUUGUGCUUCGAGUUCUUUUUUA